AUGCCUCAGUACGCUACGCGAGACGGUGACACGGCGCAGUUCAAAAAGAACAAGCAGUCCAUGGCCGACCUCAAGCUGCGCAGGUUAACCGAGCUUAACAACCGUCUGCGUGAGGAUCUUGAACGCGAGCGCAUUCCCGUCAGCACUGCUUCGAGAAGCAUCAUUGCCUACUGCAACGGCACGAGGGACUACAUGGUGCCGUCAGUUUGGGGCUCCGUCGCAAAGGGCGAGGACCCCUAUGCACCACAACAAUCUGGCGGCUGCUGCGUUGUCAUGUAA